AUGGAAAUGAGGUGGUGGCUGCGCUCGUGUAACGAGCUGCCUACGUACCCUGUUUUAGGGAUCAAGCCAGAACGUAGUUCGAUUGUUAUCGGAGUGAUCCGAAGCUCCGAAGUAGAUCGCAACCUCCUCCGCGUAUCUCGUCCACGUGCAACUACCGAUCCCGCUAUUUCCGGAUCUGAACAGUCGAAGCGAGAUUCUCGUUUGACUCGUUCAAACUCAGCUUGUGGACUUGACUCCGUCGAGCUAGAGCUCGACUUCGUCUUCACAAGUAGCUCGGACAGUAAACAGCUGGAUUUUGGACAAGGAUACUUGGUGGGCUCGAGAUUAGAGCCCGACUUCGAGUAUCCACCUCUUGGAAGAGAGAAGAUUUCUCGCGAGCUAACGUUUUGUGAACGAUCUGCAAAGUCGGCUGCCGCUCGUUGUGAGCAAGCAAUCCAAUCUAGAGCUAAUGGAGUUGUGGAGAUUGUCCAUGUUGCGGUGAAUAUACUCUUCGUGAUGAAGUAG